AGGGACUAUAUGGUUAGAAAACACUAUGAGAAAUGGAUAUAAAACGUUAUAUUUUCUAUGAGUAUGUUACAAAACUAACACUUUCUCUUAAUUACAAAAAUUAAAAGUCACUGCAACCAUUUAUGAUAUAUAUCUAAAAAAUAAAGAAGGUAAACAUUACGGUCUCGAACUAAUUCAUAAAUUACCGCUCGUAGCCUGAAAAAUGCGCAUGCGCAUAAACCAAGAAAAACAAAAUGGCUGACGCAAACCAGAAAAAACGACGAGGUCCUAAAAGUUACUUGACGGAAAGUGCAAGAAAACGAAGGAAAAAAGAAUCAGAACAGAGAAGAGGAAAGGCGAGAGUCUACAUCAGCAAGGAGAUAGAUAGAUGGCGAAAGAUAAAGGAAGAUCUCGCACUGGAGACUGAUUCUAAAUUAGCGAAGCUGCUUAUUGACAGUUAUGAAUUUAAGAAAAUAUCAGAUAAAUCCACCACUUCAACCGGCCACAUCUAUAUGCAUUCCACACCUGCAAGAAGAUAUAUACCUGCACAAGAGUGUUCAGAAAGUGAAGUCACUAUAAGUGGUUCAGAAAUGUCAGGAGUGUUUGUGCAAGAAUCUUGGAAAGACAUGUCAUUGCCUGGACCAUCCACAAGUGAUUUUCAGAAGCAACAUAUUCAGAAGGCCGAUAUCGCUACCAAAGAGGCGAGCAGCUUCAUAAAUCCUUUUGACUUAACAAUAGAUGUCACUGAAAAUGUCGACGAGGAUGACCGAACCACUGAUGAUGAGGAUUAUGAACCAAGUUUCGACAUCACUCUCAGACCCAAUAAAUGUGAAGACUUCGAACACCUGGCUGUCGGAGAUGUGGAAUUUGGGUCAGAAUCUGUAGCUUUACCAGCAGAAGAGGAAGAAAGAGAAGAGGAAAACAUGGGGCCAGGUAUCCAGAGAGUGAUGGAACCAGGCCAGUCUCACAUAAUGACUGAUGAUGAAUGUUUCUUGACGUAUUUGCAGCCUCUGCUGACAUUGGCAAAUGUGAAGAUUGAACAUUUUUGUAAAGUGAAAGGAUGCAAACUUAGUGUUUACAUUAAACAUUCUGUUGUUGGUUCAGCUUUGUAUUUGAAAUGGGUAUGUGAUGCCGGCCAUAUGGCAUAUCGAUGGUGCUCACAGGCCGUCAUGUACAGACGUCUUCACGCCGGAGACCUUCUAAUUUCCUCAGCAACACUAUUGUCCGGAAACAAUUUUACUAAACUAGCACUGUUUGCCAAAUUUUUGAAGAUGACAUUUCCGUCAGCAGCCACAUUCAAUAGAGUGCAAACAAGUUAUUUGGUGCCUACCAUAAGUGAGUUUUGGGAUAAGGAGCAGGAGAGAGUGAAUGCUGAAUUUAGGGGAAAGGAUGUGGUUAUUUUAGGUGAUGGGAGAAUGGACAGCCCAGGGCACAGUGCCCAGUAUUGCACAUAUACAGCAAUGGAAAAUGAGACAAAGCAAAUCAUUAAUGUUGUCACCUUGGACAAAAGAGAAGCUGACAGAAAAAGUGGAAAUAUGGAGAAACUUGGUUUCCAGAAGACCAUGGAAGAGCUGUCAGGGAAGGGAGUAAAGGUUGUGGAAGCUGUGACUGAUGCUCACACACAAAUUGGUGCUGUGAUGAAAAAGAAUUACCCAAAUGUAAAACAUUCUCAUGACAUCUGGCAUGCUGCAAAGAAUCUAGGAAAGAAACUUACAGCGGAAUGUCAGACAAAGGAUUGCAGACCAUUGAAGCAAUGGAUUCAUGAUGUUGUGAACCACUUCUGGCAUGUCUGUCAGAAUGCCAGUACAUAUUCGGAGUUCGUGGGAAUGUGGGCAGGUGUUUUGCACCAUGUCGUUGGUGAGCAUUCGUGGGGUAUUCCAUACACAGAUGAUGGAGUUGCUGAAUGUUCACAUGGCCCCUUGUCUGAUGUUGAAGCUGUAGGAAAGUCUCUGGAAAAGGGCAGUACAGCUCACAACACACUGAGGAAGGUUGUGCUCUACAAACCAUUCCUCAACAAAAUACACUACUUUCUGAACUUUAGAAGUACAGCAGAACUUGAAAACUAUCACCAGUUGAUAUUAAUGUAUGCAGCCAAAAGGUUUGCUUACACUCCGCCUGUUUACAAGGCACGCACCAUUUUGGCAGCUCUUGACUACAACUUCCACAUCGAUAGAGAAACAAAGAAAAAUGCAGAUGGCUCAGUAAGAUACCACAGAACUUACAACAAGAAAAGUGCAAGGUGGUCCGCUGUGCCCUACAAAGUGGAAAAGAAAUACAGCUACAUCAGUGACCUGAUUUCUGCUGUAGUUGAAAAGAGGCUACUUGAUAGAGAAGGAAUGCAUAAAAGCAAGACGUUAUCGCCCUCAGAUCCCAGACAUAUUUCCAGUGUUUUAGCCCCCCUGCCUCCACCUCCUACUGCCACAUUAGUAGAAGAAAAAAAGUCAAGACUUAAGUGAUUCUAGUGUCACAAAUAGGACUCAACAAUCUGCUGGCUACUCCUCCUUAACCUUAGGAGAUUUCAACAAAACUUGCUACAAGGCUACUGUCAUUAUUCUAUGAAUAACCUCAUUGGGGAAGUGGGGAUGUUAUGCGUUGGCCCACAACAGCUGGCUAUUAUUAUUUUUAGUAAUAUGCCACAUAAGCUUUGGGUUUCACAUGUGUUUUAUGUUUCAAAAUUCAUGUGCAAAACUAAUCUACUACUUGUCGGAUGGAAAAUGUAUGUCUAUGAAAAGUAUUGUGUAUGUGCCAAUUAUUGUGUCACAAGUUUGGCUUGUUCACACAUUUUGUAUGUAUGGUGUGAUAUUCACAGGUAUGAUGUAUGUGUGACAAGUUUGCUAAAUAUGGUGUAUAUGUGACAAGUUUGCUAAGUAUGAUGUAUGUGUCACAACUUUGCUAAGUAUGAUGUAUGUGUCACAAGUUUGUUAAGUAUGAUGUAUGUGUCACAACUUUGCUAAGUAUGAUGUAUGUGUCACAACUUUGCUAAGUAUGAUGUAUGUGUCACAACUUUGCUAAGUAUGAUGUAUGUGUCACAAGUUUGCUAAGUAUGAUGUAUGUGUCACAACUUUGCUAAGUAUGAUGUAUGUGUCACAAGUUUGUUAAGUAUGAUGUAUGUGUCACAAGUUUGUUAAGUAUGAUGUAUGUGUCACAACUUUGCUAAGUAUGAUGUAUGUGUCACAACUUUGUUAAGUAUGGUGUAUGUGUCACAAGUUUGUUAAGUAUGGUGUAUGUGUCACAAGUUUGGAAUGUGUCUUUAGUAUGGUGCGUGUAUGUGAACAUUACAGUGUUUGGGUAUGAUCAUCUGUAUUCAUAGCCUUUUUUGUAGUGAAUUUGUCUACAUAUUUUAUUUGGUGCUAACAAUGAAAAUAUGACACAAGU